UAGCUUUGGAGUUGGUUUUUAUGGCAGUGAGAAAAAUUCUUUGACUCUGCAAGCGGAAAACGAUCACACAACAUUGCGCUGUAGAAGUUCUGAGGGACAAAAAUGCAUUGGAUAUUAUAAGCAACCUGUAAUUACGCGUAAGGGCCCUAUUGCGUGUUUGUGAUGUCUAUUUAUUUAUAAACCCCCCUCUCUGACUUACACACAUUAAAAAAAAAUCUCGCAUUUGCGCAAAGUUUUAAUACCUUGCUCAGAAACUUAGAUGGAAUUUUUAUCGGUGUGUAAACUUGUCGGAUUUAUUAAUUAUUCCCCAGGGCAUGGAUAAUGGUGGGACAUCUGGCAGUCACACCCGUUCAUUUCUUUUACUGCCUUUGUUUCAAAUCAGAUAUACUUGGUAAUUGUCAAAUUUUGAAUUUUGUCGGGAUUCCGAUAGAAGAAAGGGGUGCGUAUCACUUUUAUACGUAUGAAAAUCAACAGGUAUAAUUUACACUACCCUUAAUGCAAUUAACUCUAACUUUUGACCCGAAGAAAAGGAUUUCACACGUUUAUUCAUCUUACGAUAUCUUAAUUGCCGCUGGAUAAAUUAUGUAGUUUUGAUCUCUUUACAUCGAGAUAUUUUGUAAAUUAGAAUUAAAUUUGUCACCUAGUUGAAUUAUACCGUCAAACGCGUGCAGAAUUGAUCAGAUCAUAUUAUAGUGUGAGAGCUGCAGUGAACAUCGUAUAGUGGCUGAGACAUGGGACACAAGCAUAUCAUCCUCCUAACCAUUGUGACUUGCAUCAUGGGAAGCCUUUCUUACGAGGACUGCACAUCGAACUCUUCCAGCGAUAUCUCAAAAUGCUGCAGCUUAUGUCCACCGGGCCAUGGAGAAAUCGAGAAGUGUACAAACGAAACAGAUACAAAAUGUCAGCCCUGUGAAUACAGAAAAACGUUUUCUUCAUCAAAAUACGACACAUUACCCUGUAAGAAAUGUAAAACUUGCCGGGAAAUGGAACGAGAAAUUUCGCCGUGCAAUACCACACACGAUACCGUUUGUGGGUGUCCAUUAGACUUUUAUUUUGCAGAAGAAGUAAGGAAAUGCCAGCUUUGUGACUUGUGUCCGUAUGGUUCGGGUGUCAUGGUACCCUGUAGUACUGACUCUAACUCCAUAUGUAGGAAAUGCGAGAAUGGUACUUUCUCCGACGUCAAGAGCGCCACCGCGCGGUGUAGACGUUGUUCCAUCUGCAGGCCGAAUCAAUUCACAGUAAUGGAUUGUACAAAUGAGCAGGACACCAUGUGUUUAGAUAAACCAACAGCAUUCCUAACGACAAAGCUAACACAACAGCCACCUAGUAAAACCAUCAAAGAGGACGAAUUCGACGCCAUUCCAAUUUACUGCGCAGCUCUUGGAGCGGUUGUGCUAGGUCUCCUUGGUUAUGUGUUCUUCAAACAGUAUUCCAGACUCAAAGACAAGAAGCGCCACCAAAUUCAUGAUCCGCACGAUCACGUGGAAUAUGCAAGAGCUUCCGGUGGUACAGACAGCGGCGUGUGUGUAGAUUUUACCAUGCAAUGCAAAACAUAUAAUGAGCUCACAAAGUACAAAGAUCUUCCUAUAUCAAAGAGAAAGUGCGUGGAGCAUCAGUUAGUUAGCCGCCGCGGAAAUCCCAGCGACUGGAGAGCUCUGGCACAAAUUCUCGGAUACACAUCUACAAAGAUUGACCAAUUAGAAUCGAGUGCUGGGGACAGUUUACAUUGUUGUCAGAUGAUGUUGCAGACUUGGUCACACAGUAAACGGAACACGACCGUGGGCAUACUUAUGAAAGGACUUAGUCAUAUAGGUCGACACGACAUUGUUAAGAUCUUACAAGCUGAUCUACAAGUGUCGAAAUCAGAUCAUAAACACGUUCGAAUUGUAUGACAUAACUUUUACUUUGAAUAAUCAAUAUUUUUUUUUUAUUUCUCUACAUUCCAAGAUGAAAGACAAAACAAUGUUUGUUUACGGCGAUAGAUUUGACCUUGGAAGUGGCCUUGAGUACGAAUUCAUGAUCGUUUUCUGAUGCUGUUUUAUAUGUACAUUAUGAAUCACAAACUUUUUAAAAAAUGUUUUGUUUGUACAUCAAACCAAUGCUUUUUACAAUUUUAAUUUAUUAAAAGUAUUUUCUUCAAUUUAACAGGUUGUGAGAGCUUCCUUUGAACAUUAUUUCUCGCAAUUAAUUCUUGUGUCGUUGAAUCUUUUUUCUCAAUCAACAUUCAGUUUACAUAAUACAUACCAGGCACGUGGUAACGUUUCAGA